GAAGGAUGUGCAGCGCAAGGGUCACUCUGCGAGGGGUUGAGGACCAGGUCUUCAGGAACCUGCAGGAGCUGGAGGCCACACUGUGGCAGCCGCGCAGACUGUGCCAUGGGGAGGACGUGCUGCAGGCACGGGAGAAGGCCGUCAAGGACAUCGUGGCAAUCCACCACACCCUGUCACACACAGGGAAUGGGGGGAUUGUCAGAAAGUGUAGGGGCACAAGCUUUCUUGCGGUGCAGCUCUUGGACCGAUACCUGGCUCUUCGACCAUAUGCGACAGCAGAGCAGGUGGCAGCCAUGGGCUGGGCAGCGUACUGGGUGGCGGCCAAACAUGACAAUGGCCAGGCAGACGUGGGCUGGCGCAUCUCGCUGUACAUGCUGCUCGAAAUGGGUGUGCAAACGAAGGACCUCAUUGCGAAUGAGUGGAAGCUCUUGGCUGCGCUCAGCACUGAGGAGGCGGGUGCUGGAUGGAGGCUGGACCUGCCGACACCAUACUCGUUCUUGGAGGUGUUCCUGGCAGUGGCGGGGGAGACUCUGGAUGGCGAAGUAGGCCAGUACGUGCAGGACGUCCUGGAGUCAUCCCUGGUCAUGGCAGGGAUGCUCAGCUACCGCCCGUCCAUGGUGGCAAAGGCCGCCGUGGACGCGGUGCUGGGCAAACUUCAUCCUGCACUGCCAUACCACUCCAAGCUGGAGGCGGUGUCAGGGUACAGCCAGGAGGACAUCCAGGACUGCCAGGAACACGUCAUCCUGGCCUACAACAUGCACCCAAUGCAGAGCUGA